UUUCUCUCUCUUCUUCUCUGGAUGGUUUGUCUUCCUAAACUUUGCAAAUUUUCUCUACUACUUCUCUCUACUACCUGAUCACCACAACAGUAGUAUCAACAAAUCUAUACCUUUCUGUAUUUAACAUUUGAUUUCUGUGAAUUUCCAAUCUAUCUAUCUUCCAUCGUGGAUCUACGAACCUCGAAUUCGACUUUAGAUCUGCGAUUCCAAACCGACUAAUUUUGAUUCGAAAUUUGGAUUCUUGUCACUUUUUGUUUUGUUGGUUUUUGUGUUGUGGGUUUCAAGAACUUUCUGUUGAGAUGAAAGUGCCGUGUUGUUCGGUGUGCCACACGCGGUACAAUGAUGAGGAACGAGCUCCAUUGCUACUCCAUUGUGGCCAUGGAUUCUGCAAGGAGUGUCUGUCCCGGAUGUUUGCCUCCUCGCUUGACAACUCUCUCUCCUGUCCCCGCUGCCGCCAUGUAACCCUAGUGGGGAACUCCGUCUCCGCGCUGCGGAAGAACUUCGCCCUCCUCGCGGUCACCGCUACAGGAAACUCGUCUUCGGAUGAUGACGUCAGUGACGGUGAUGGUGACGUUGAAAAUGACGAAUUUGAGGAGUACGAGGAGGAUCGAAGGAGGAGCUCCAGUGCAUCGAGCUCUGGGGGUUGCUCUGUUGGCGGGGUGAUCGAGCUGGCGAGUCAUGGGGAGUUGAAAUUUUUGCAGAGGAUUGGGGAUGGGAAGAGGGCGGGGGUGGAAAUGUGGACCGCUACACUGGCGGGAGGGGCGCGUUCUGGGGGCCGGUGUCGGCAUAAGGUGGCGGUGAGGAAGGUGGGGAUUACUGAAGAUAUGGAUGUGAUGUGGGUGCAGAAUCAGUUGGAGAGUUUGAGGCAGGCGGCGAUAUGGUGUAGGAAUGUUUGUACCUUUCAUGGGGUUAUAAGGGGGGUGGAUACUUCUCUUAGUCUUGUAAUGGAUAGGUGUCAUGGCUCUCUUGAAUCAGCUAUGCAGCGCAAUGAGGGAAGGUUGACACUUGAGCAAAUUCUCAGAUAUGGAGCAGAUAUUGCCCGAGGGGUUGCUGAACUUCAUGCUGCUGGUGUUGUUUGUAUGAAUUUGAAACCGUCUAAUAUUCUUUUGGAUGUGACCGGUCAUGCUGUGGUUUCUGAUUAUGGACUUCCUGCAAUCCUUAAAAAGCCAAUAUGCAGAAAAGCUCGAGCAGAAGGGGAUUCCUCAAUAAUCCAUUCUUGUAUGGACUGCACGAUGCUUAGUCCACAUUAUACAGCUCCAGAGGCAUGGGAACCAGUGAAAAAGUCCUUGAACUUGUUCUGGGAGGAGGCUAUAGGUAUAUCUGCAGAGUCAGAUGCAUGGAGUUUUGGUUGCACCUUGGUCGAAAUGUGCACUGGGACUGUUCCUUGGGCAGGUCUGAGUGCCGAGGAAAUUUAUCGUACUGUAGUCAAGGCUCGAAAAUUGCCUCCACAAUAUGCUAGUGUAGUUGGUGUGGGAAUACCGAGGGAGUUGUGGAAGAUGAUUGGGGAAUGCUUACAGUUCAAACCAUCUAAGCGGCCCACUUUCAGUGCAAUGCUAGCCAUAUUUCUUCGUCAUCUACAAUCACUGCCUCGAAGCCCUCCUGCAAGUCCUGAAAACGACGUGGAGGCAUGUUCCACUACGAACUUGAUUGAGCCUUCCCCAACAUCUGUCUUGGAGGUGUAUCCCUAUAACCCUAAUCAACUGCAUCGACUGGUUUCUGAGGGGGAUUUGAAUGGUGUAAGAAACUUUCUUGCGAAAGCUGCAUCAGGAGCUGGUAGCAAUGCAGUAUCUUCAUUACUAGAAGCACAGAACAAUGAUGGGCAGACUGCUCUCCACCUUGCUUGUAGAAGAGGGAGUGUCGAACUUGUUGACGCUAUUUUGGAGUACAAGGAGGCCGAUGUAGAUAUUCUUGACAAAGAUGGGGAUCCUCCACUUGUCUUUGCUUUGGCAGCUGGAUCUCCUGAGUGUGUUCGUGCCCUUAUAAGAAGAAAUGCGAAUGUGAAAUCUAGAUUGAGGGAAGGAUGUGGCCCUUCUGUAGCUCAUGUUUGUGCAUACCAUGGUCAACCUGAUUGCAUGCGCGAAUUAUUAAUAGCCGGAGCUGAUCCUAAUGCUGUCGAUGAUGAAGGUGAAUCCGUGCUGCACAGAGCUAUUACGAAGAAAUAUACCGACUGCGCUUUGAUUAUAUUGGAACACGGGGGUUCUAGAUCAAUGAGUGUUCGGAAUUUAAAGGACAUGACACCCUUGCACCUUUGUGUAGCAACAUGGAAUGUGGCUGUUGUGAGAAGAUGGAUUAAAGUUGCUACCACUGAGGAGAUAGCUGUUGCAAUAAAUAUACCAAGCCCUGUUGGCACAGCCUUAUGUAUGGCUGCAGCCGCUAAGAAAGACCACGAAAUAGAGGGAAGAGAAUUGGUGCGGCUAUUGCUUUCUGCUAGAGCUGACCCAACUGCUCAAGAUGCUCAACAGAGAACUUCUUUGCAUACAGCUGCUAUGGCUAAUGAUGUGGAGCUGGUGCAGAUUAUUCUGGAUGCUGGAGUUGAUGUCAACAUUCGUAAUGCGCACAAUACAUUACCUCUUCAUGUGGCUUUGGCUCGAGGUGCAAAAUCUUGCAUAGGCCUGCUUCUGUCGGCUGGAGCUGACUAUAAUUUCCAGGAUGAUGAAGGUGAUAAUGCUUUCCACAUAGCAGCUGAUGCAGCUAAGAUGAUUCGUGAAAAUCUCGAAUGGAUUAUUCAUAUGCUUAAGUGUCCAGAUGCUGCUGUUAAUCUGAGGAACCACAGUGGUAAGACCUUAAAAGAUUUUCUAGACGCCCUUCCUCGAGAAUGGAUUUCUGAAGAUCUGAUGGAGGCACUUUUGGAUAAGGGGGUACAACUGUCUCCUACAAUCUAUGAUAUUGGUGAUUGGGUGAAAUUUAGAAGAAGCGUCACUGCUCCAAAGUAUGGCUGGCAAGGUGCAAAACAGAAAAGUGUUGGUUUUGUACAGAGUAUCCCUGACAAGGAUCAUCUGAUAAUAUCAUUUUGCACCGGAGAGGCUCGUGUUUUGAUGAAUGAAGUUAUAAAAGUAAUUCCACUUGACAGGGGACAGCAUGUGAAACUUAAGCAAGAUGUCAAGGAACCAAGGUUUGGAUGGCGGGGCCACUCACGUGACAGCAUAGGAACUGUACUUUGUGUUGAUGAUGAUGGGAUAUUGCGGGUUGGAUUUCCAGGGGCCUCUAGGGGAUGGAAGGCUGAUCCUUCAGAGAUGGAAAGAGUAGAAGAAUACAAAGUUGGGGAUUGGGUUCGUAUACGUCCAUCUCUUACCACGGCCAAACAUGGCUUGGGUUCUGUCACACCAGGCAGCAUAGGUAUAGUAUACUGUAUUAGACCUGAUAGUAGUUUGUUGCUAGAACUAAGCUACCUUCCAAAUCCGUGGCAUUGUGAGCCAGAAGAGGUUGAGCAUGUUGAACCUUUCAGGAUUGGCGACCGAGUAUGUGUUAAACGCUCUGUUGCAGAACCAAGAUAUGCUUGGGGGGGCGAGACUCAUCAUAGUGUGGGAAGAAUAAGUGAAAUAGAGAGCGAUGGCCUCUUAAUGAUUGAAAUUCCCAACCGGCCAAUUCCUUGGCAAGCUGAUGCCGCUGACAUGGAAAAAGUGGAGGAUUAUAAGGUACGGGAUUGGGUUAGAGUUAAAGCUUCGGUCUCCUCUCCCAAAUAUGGAUGGGAAGAUGUCAACAGACAUAGCAUUGGAGUUAUCCAUAGCCUGGAGGAAGAUGGUGACAUGGGUGUUGCCUUUUGCUUUAGAAGCAAGCUCUUUUCUUGUUCUGUGACUGAUAUGGAGAAGGUGGCUCCUUUUGAAGUUGGGCAAGAGAUUCAUGUGAUGCAAUCUAUUUCGGUGCCACGGCUUGGGUGGUCUAACGAAUCUCCAGCUACUGUCGGGAAAAUUGUGAGAAUUGACAUGGAUGGGACAUUAAAUGUGAGAGUAGCUGGCAGAUCCAGCCUGUGGAGAGUUUCCUCUGGCGAUGCUGCCUGUCUGUCAGGGUUCGAAGUGGGUGAUUGGGUGCGAUCAAAACCCAUUUCCGGAGCUAGACCAAGUUAUGACUGGAGCAGUAUAGGAAAGGAAGGUGUAGCAGUUGUCCAUAGUGUACAAGAUAAUGGUUAUUUAGAGCUGGCUUGUUGCUUUCGUAAAGGGAAGUUGCAUGCUCAUGACACAGAUAUGGAGAAGAUCCCAAGUCUCAAGGUUGGGCAGUAUGUUAAAUUUCGUGCUGAACUAGCAGAGCCAAGAUGGGGUUGGAGAGGAGCCAAUCCGAAUUCUCGAGGCAUUAUUACCAGUGUUCAUGCUGAUGGAGAAAUAAGAGUUGCAUUUUUUGGGUUGCCAGGGCUAUGGAAAGCAGACCCUGCUGACUUGGAGAUUGAGGCAGUGUUUAAUGUGGGCGAGUGGGUGAGAUUGAAGGAUGGUGCUGGAGAUUGGAAAUCUAUCGGGCCCGGCAGUAUAGGGGUAGUACAGGGACUAGGAUAUGAGGGUGAUGAAUGGGAUGGAACUGUUUCUGUUGGGUUCUGUGGAGAGCAGGAAAAAUGGAUGGGAGUCAUCUCUAAUCUUGAAAAGGUUGAUAAGCUAUUUCUUGGACAAAAAGUAAGAGUAAAAUUCUCAAUCAACCAACCAAGGUUUGGCUGGUCAGGUCAUAGUCAUGCUAGUGUUGGGACAAUAACAUCGAUUGAUGCAGACGGCAAGCUGAGAAUUUAUACACCAACGGGUUCAAAGGCUUGGAUGCUAGACCCAUCUGAAGUUGAGGUGGUUGAGGAAGAGGAGAUCCAUAUUGGAGAUUGGGUUAAGGUUAAGGAAUCAAUAACAAACCCAACUCAUCAAUGGGGAGAGGUGACUCCUUCCAGCAUUGGUGUGGUACACCGCAUGGACGAUGGGCAGCUUUGGGUGGCAUUUUGCUUCUUGGAAAGGCUUUGGCUUUGUAAAGCAUCAGAAAUGGAAAAAAUUAGGCAGUUUAGGGUUGGGGACAAGGUAAAGAUUAGAGAAGGGUUGGUGGCCCCGCGAUGGGGUUGGGGAAUGGAAACUCAUGCAAGCAAGGGAGAAGUGGUGGGGGUUGACGCUAACGGGAAGUUGAGGAUAAAGUUUAGAUGGAGAGAAGGGAAACCAUGGAUUGGAGACCCUGCUGAUAUAGUACUUGAUGAAACCUAGAAAACCAUGGAGAAGGUAGCAAUUCAAAUCAUUAUCACAGGCAGGUUUUGGAAGUUUGGCCCCUCAAUUUUUUCGGAGUGGUUCAAAUAUCCUGUUAAUGCCGUGCAUCAUCCAGUAUAUAUGCUCAUUAGCAUGUAUUUAUUGUAUGGAUGAUGGGAUUAUCGGCCGAAGUUAUUGUUAAUAAAGAGGGGAUGGUUGAUCAGUGGGCGUGGGCGUGGGCUCGGGCUCAUUUCACUGUUAUUUACUAGGUAAAUACAUGGGGCAAGAAGUAGCAGUAUACCAUUUGUAUUGCAUUGUUUUAUGUCAAAUAGUCCCUUUGAGCUUCAGGGUAAAUAUAUAUACUUAUAUAGAGGUACUGAAAUUUUGUACAAAUUAGUUGCCAUGAUCAAGUUAUCAGCCUUCUCUUG